UAAAGACAUACGACCGAGGAGGACUCUCUCAUCAGCACCAUCUCUCGGAAUCCAUUCACAGCUGAACGGAUUCUGCGGAAUAUUUGUUUUUACCUUGUCGACGACACACACACAGCCCAAACAGCGAUGGAUACCUCCGGAAAAGAGAAGGAGGCCAUGCAGCUGAUGGCCGAAGCCGACAAGAAGGUCAAAUCCUCCGGCUCGUUCUUGGGAGGGAUGUUCGGGGGAAGUCACCACAAAGUAGAAGAUGCAUGUGAGAUGUAUGCCAGAGCAGCCAACAUGUUCAAGAUGGCCAAGAACUGGACCGCUGCUGGUAAUGCGUUCUGCCAGGGGGCCCGGCUCCACAUGCAGCUGCAGAACAAACUGGACUCAGCCACCAGCUUCGUCGACGCAGGGAACGCUUACAAGAAGGCUGACCCUCAGGAGGCUAUCAACUGUAUAAAUGCAGCCAUCGAUAUUUACACUGACAUGGGUAGGUUUACUAUCGCAGCCAAACAUCACAUCACCAUCGCAGAGGUGUACGAGUCUGAGCUGGUGGACAUAGAGAAGGCGAUCGCCCACUAUGAGCAGGCAGCCGAUUAUUAUAAAGGGGAGGAGUCCAACAGUUCUGCUAACAAGUGUCUGCUGAAGGUGGGCCACUACAGCGCUCAGCUGGAGCAGUAUCCGAAAGCCAUUGAGAUCUACGAGCAGGUGGCCACCAAUACUAUGGACAACCCCUUGCUGAAGUAUAAUGCCAAAGAGUACUUCUUUAAAGCCUCCCUCUGCCACUUCAUUGUGGACGAACUCAACGCAAAGCUGGCCAUAGAGAAGUAUGAGGAUAUGUUUCCUGCUUUUGCUGACUCCAGAGAGUGCAAGCUGCUGAAGAAGUUGCUGGAUGCCCAUGAGGAGCAGAACUGCGAGGCGUUUACUGAAGCUGUUAAAGAGUUUGACUCCAUCUCUCGUCUGGACCAAUGGCUCACCACCAUGCUGCUCCGUAUCAAGAAGACCAUCCAGGGAGAUGCUGGAGACCUCAAAUAAAGAGAGAUAGAGGGGUGGGUUGGGUGGAGGGAUAGAGAAAAGAAUGGGUAGGGAGAGAGGAUGGAGAGAUGAGAGGGAUGGAGGAGAGAUAUAGGGUUAGGGCAGUUGUGUGAAGGGAGACAGGUCUCUAUGUGUUUGAUGUGUUCUGUGUAAAGAACUCCAUGACUCUGUUGCAGUGGUGUAAAAAGUACCCAAUUGUCAUACUUGAGUCAAAGUAAAGAUACCUUAAUAGAAAAUGACACAAGUAAAAGUGAGUCA